AUGUCGGUAGAGAAGAUGCAAUGUCCGCAGACGAGAGAAGGAGCGCUGAACGUGCAUCUCAUUCCACACUCACACAUGGACGCGGGAUGGGUGAAGACAUACGACCAGUACUACUACGGAUCCAAACCUACAAUCAGUACUGCCAACGUUCAGCUCAUCUUCCACUCUGUCCUAUCAGAGUUACUGCACGAUAAAAGGAGAAAAUUCACCUUCUCCGAAGUGAGCUAUUUCUGGCGCUGGUGGAAGGAGCAGCGGCCAGCGACGAGGACCACCUUCCGGGGCCUGGUGCAGGAGGGGCGCGUUGAGUUCGCCGGUGGCGGCUGGGUACAGGGCGAUGAGGCUACCACGGACUAUCUGAUGAUCCUGGACCAGUUCACGUGGGGCCUCAGAAAGAUGAACGACACCCUCGGCCCCUGCGGCAAGCCGAAGGCAGCCUGGCAAAUCGACACCUACGGCCAUACCAGGGAACAUGCAUCGCUCCUGGCUCAAAUGGGCUACGAUGGACUCUUCAUAGGUAGAGUGAACCACAAAGAAAGAGAGGCCAUGUUGGAGGAAGAAAGAAUGGAGUUCAUGUGGAGGGGGAGCGAUGUUUUAGGCAAGAUGUCGGACAUAAUGACGCACACGCUAUACAACCUAUACAACGCGCCCGACGGCUUCUGUUUCGACUUCUUGUGCAACGAGGAACCGAUCAUCGAUGAUCCCGACUGCAAGGCGUACAACGCGGAUAAACGGGUGAACGACUUUAUAGCCCAAAUCGAACAUCAAGCGAAAUACUACGAACACGACAACAUUAUGGUGACCAUGGGCGGAGAUUUCACCUACCAGAGCGCUGCCAAUUGGUUCAUGAGCAUGGAUAAGCUUAUAAAUCAUGUGAACACGCAUCCAGCCAACAUGUCGGACAUAAACAUAUUCUAUUCGACGCCAUCUUGUUACCUGAAGGCGCUGUACUUGAAUGGAAGGAGGGACAAAGCCAUUUAUACUGAAAAGGGCGAUCACCUACCAUACGGCAGUGACUCAAGCACCUAUUGGACAGGAUUCUACACUUCUCGACCCAGCAUCAAGUACCUGACGAGGAAAACGCACGCUUUUCUUCAGGUAGCGAAGCAGCUGACGGUCCUCGCUCGCAUGGGAGAUUCGUACGAACUGCAUCUGUUGAGACACGCUCUUGGCCUCAUGAUGCACCAUGAUGCCAUCACAGGCACGAGUCAGCAGCAUGUGGCGAAUGAUUUUGUGAAAACUCUGACUGAGGCCUUCGUCGUGUGUAUGAAGAAAGUCUCUACAUUAUUAAGCUACCUGACCCCCACGUGGGGCGGGACCCGCCGGUCCAAGAGCAACCAACAGUUCAACACGUGCCAUCAAAUGAACGUCAGCCAGUGUGUGUUCGUCGAGACGCAAAGCAGCCUUCUCCUCCUGGUGUACAACCCACAGAGUGUGAAAACAUACCAUUAUGUCCGUCUACCGGCGAUAGCGCUACACUACGUCAUCAGAAACGCUUACGACGAAGAGUUGGAGUACCAGCUCAACCCACUGUCUCCAGGGGUCAGCAACCUUCCGGGUCGCACCGCCACCACCAAUCACGAGCUGAUAUUCGAAGCGGAGAACGUUCCACCUCUUGGCUACUCAUCGUUCUACGUCACAGCUAUCAAGGACCCACUGGGCGAUUUGGACUACAUGAAGAAUAAGAAGUUAGACCCCGAUGCCGAGUUAUUCACGCAAAUAUCUAAUGAGUAUCUAAAAGUGACCGUGAACAAGGAGACGGGCCUGCUUGAGUCCAUAUAUCACGUGAGCGGCGCGAAGGUGCUCAUCACACAGAAUUUCUUCUACUACGGACAAACCAGGGGCAGUUUACAGUCGGGGGCGUACAGCUUCAGGCCUGACCAGCGCCCAGUCCCUAUCUCAGAAAAGGCUUCAUACAACGCGAAUCGCGGUCCACUGGUCAAGGAGAUCCACCAACGCUUCUCCAGCUGGGCUUCACAGACCCUGCGACUAUAUCGUGGAGAGGAUUAUCUUGAGUUGGACUGGGUUGUUGGCCCAAUUCCUAUUGGCACAGACCUGGGGAAGGAAGUGGUAUCGAUAUUCAAAAGCAACAUCAGCAACCGAGGGGAGUUCUACACUGACUCCAAUAUGAGACAGAUGAUGAAGAGGACCUGCUGGAACGAGUCUGCUGGUCAAGUGGUCAAGAAACCCGUGGCGUCCUGCUAUUACCCGGUCACCUCCAGGAUCUGUAUACCUGCACACAACUCCACCACAGGGAUAUGUAUUCUGACGGAUAGAACCCAGGGCGGGACAUCAUAUAAUAGUGGAGAAAUUGAGUUGAUGGUCCAUAGAAGACUCCUGACGGACGAUGGGUUCGGGUUAGAUGAGACCCUGAACGAGGAAGAAUUCGGUUCUGGGCUUGUAGUUCGCGGACAACAUCGGCUGUUCAUCGGGAAGGAAAAGCAGGACGGGGAGGAGUUCCAGUUUCAAGAGCGAGCGAGCCGCGUGGCUAACCGCUGGUACUGGGAGCCGUGGGUGUUCGUCGCGGCCGCUGACAAGUUCAACAGGAGGAAAUGGCAGAGCAUGAGGAACAAACGGUUCUCAGCGCUGCGCCCGCACGGACUGCCCCGCCACAUUCGCAUUCUCACUUUGGAGCCGUGGAAGGCUGGCUCCGUGCUUCUACGGCUUGAAAACACUAUGGAGAAAAAUGACAGAACAACUCAAAGACUGGAACUACCGGAUGACACGCCGCUACCGACACACAUCAACGUCGAACUUAAGAAGAUCUUUCAGCAUCUGAAAAUCAAGACUGUGAGAGAGACCACCUUGGCGGCGAAUCAGUGGCUUGAGGAGGCUCGACAGAUGGAUUGGAGUACCAGAUACGUGUACACGGGAGGUGAUGACGGUAUUUUGCAAGAAGACGUUGACUACGUUGACGAUGAGAAGCCACUACCUAAACCAGAACCAGAUACAGAACAAGACCAAGAUUCCGAUUAUUCAAACAGAAAACUGCUCCGAAUGGCCACCAAACAGAAAAGAACAACACGAUACGACGACAGAAGGAAAAGAUCCAUCAACAUCUCCGAAAACUUCAUUGAUAACGAUUUCACUAAUUCCGAAGUCACUACAGAAAGUUACGAAUUCACCACAGAACCCGAAGUCAAAGAAGUUAACGCAGAAAUAGAUGAAUCUGAUAUCAACGAUUCUUUAUUUGCUAUAAAUGUAACUGAUGAAGAUGCCAAUGAGAAUUCAACAAACGUUUUUAAAGAGCAAAGACUUAGCAAUAAAAAUGAUAAGAAGUUAUUAGUAGUUGGUCUGACGGAGAACAAGUUCGUGAAAGGGAAGAAGUAUGUGAGUGAAAUGGCUUCAGAUUCUUUUGAAGAUGAUGUGACUCCAAAAGGAUCGAGUCAAAAGGAUGUACAAAACAAACCACCAGAACGUAUAGGAGAUCCUGACGAAAUGGACGACGGCGUCACUAAAUCAAUGUACGAAAUGUACUACAAGGAGAAAACUGUAGUAAAACUCAAGAAGAAUCUCAAGAAGGCUGUCAAGCCUCGACCGGUUUGGCAGAAGAAAAUGAAGAAGAUUCUAGAAGACAAGAAGUCACCUGAUUCCAGUGCCAAAGAAGAGGAAAUAACGCCGUACGAACCUUUGAGUCCGAGCCACGAUCAUGUCUAUGAGAGCGGAGAACAGAAACAGAAUGGAGAUGAAGUUAACGAGAAUCCAGAACCCGGGCAGACGCGCACACAAGCACAAGCGGGAAGACGAAAGAGAGCGGCAGGCCGAAAGGCAGCAGCACGCGAAGAUCCAGACUACAUCGUGACGCUGCGGCCAACUCAGAUACGCACAUUCGUUAUACGCUUCGAAACCUCUAGGAACAACUAUGUCAUGUGAACAUAAUAGUUAUUUGUUAUACAAGGGGCAAAGUUGUAUUUUAACGCAGAGUGU